AUGUCCAGACAGCCGCUCAGCCAUGAUGACUUGGUCGACGAGGUUGUACCCGCCUUCCCUUUAAAAACUCACAACCACAGCCACCACCCAGUGAAGGCGCUGCAGGAGACGCAGAAGGUGCGGGUGCUGUGUUGGGUGAUGACUCGUCCGGAGACGCACCACAGCAAGGCCGUCCACGUCAAGGCCACCUGGGGCGCCCGCUGUGACAAACUUAUCUUCAUGAGCUCCAAGAAUGACACUCAGCUUGGGAUUAUCGACCUUGGUGUUGGUGAGGGGAGGAACGUGUUGUGGGGCAAGACAAAGGCAGCCUUCACCUACGUCUACAAGAACUACUUGUCUCAAUACGACUGGUUCUUUAAGGCCGACGACGACACGUAUACCAUCAUGGAGAACAUGCGCUACAUGCUCUCGACCUACGACCCCAACUUCCCCAUCUACUUCGGCUCAAAGUUCAAGAAGUUCAGCAAGCAAGGCUACAUGAGUGGAGGUGGAGGAUACGUGUUGAGCAGUGAGGCCUUGAAGCAGUUUGUGGAGGUGGCGCUGCCUGACAAGAAGCUCUGUAAGCACGAUGACACUGGCUCCGAGGAUGCUGAGAUGGGAAAGUGUCUGAACAAUAUUGGAGUUGUGGCUGGAGACUCCCGGGACAGCAUGGGCCGAGGCCGCUUCUUUCCCUUCACCCCUAGCACGCACCUCUUCGGUGGCGUCCCUAACUGGUACUUCGAGUACGUCUACUACCCGCCCGACACGGGCCUCAACUGCUGCUCAGACUCGGCCGUGACCUUCCACUAUGUUAACACCCAGUUGAUGUACGUGAUGGAGUACCUACUGUACCACCUGAGGCCCCACGGCCUCCACCCCAACCACCCCGUUCCAGCACCUCUUCCUCCGGAUCUAGACAGCAUACAUCCCCAGAUGCUUAUGAACCGAGGUGUAACAACGUUAGCUGCAGGAACGAAGCAGGAAAUAACAGGAAAGAAUAAAGAAGAAUCAGGAAGGAAGCAGGAAACAAGCAGGUUGCAAGCACUAACGAAGCAGGAAGUAAUAUGGAGGGAUCAGAAUGUAGCAGAGAUGGAGCAGGAAGAAAAGAAGAGGACAUACAAAGAUGAGGAAGCUGUAAAAAUGUAG